UCAUGUCCCGUUGUUCUCAGCGAAGCUUCACAAAGUUUCAGAGCUCAGACAAACCACAAUGUGCGGAGACGCGACGAACUGGGACGAAGAUGCGUACAGGGAAAGCAUAUUGAAGGAGAGGGAGAUACGAACCCGAACCGUUUUCCGGACGGUUUGGGGACCCUCCCAGAACCCUAACCCGGACACCAUCGUCGUGGCCUCCAGUGACGGCUCGCUAUCCUCCUACUCCAUUUCCUCCUGCAUUUCCAAGCUCCAAUUUGGUUUUAGCGAUACAAAGGCACAACACUUGUUAAUGGCUGAACCAGAAUCGUUUCUGCAAGGGCAUGAUGGACCCGCAUAUGAUAUCAAAUUAUAUGGUGAAGGUGAAGAUGCCUUGUUGCUAAGUUGUGGUGAUGAUGGUCGGAUUCGGGGAUGGAGGUGGAAGGAAUUUAAGAACUCAGAUGUGCCCAUUCCUUUGCAAGGGAACCACAUGAAGCCAGUACUUGAUCUGGCAAAUCCUCAACAUAAAGGUCCUUGGGGGUCUCUUUCACCAAUCCCCGAGAAUAAUGCCAUUGCUGUUAAUAUGCAGGGGGGAUCUAUUUUUUCAGCUUCUGGUGAUUCUUGUGCAUAUUGCUGGGAUGUGGAAACUGGCAAAAUCAAAGUAGUAUUUAAGGGGCAUUCAGAUUACUUGCAUUGUAUAGUAGCCCGAAACUCUGUCAAUCAGAUUAUAACUGGUUCAGAGGAUGGGACUGCACGGAUAUGGGACUGCAGAAGUGGAAAAUGUAUUAAAGUAAUUGAUCCAGCAGAGAAUACAGAGGUGAAAGGUUUCUUCUCAUGUGUUAGUUGCAUUGCUCUCGAUGGAAGUGAGAGCUGGUUGGCUUGUGGCAGUGGUCGGAGUUUAUCCAUUUGGAACCUUCCCGCUUCUGAGUGUGUUUCAAGGAUAUCAACCCGUGCUUCCAUGCAGGAUGUAUUAUUUGAUGAUAAUCAAAUUUUAGCUGUUGGAGCAGAACCUCUCCUUAGUCGUUUUGACAUAAAUGGGGCGAUUCUUUCACAAAUACAAUUUGCUCCUCUUUCAGCAUUUUCUGUCUCCGUACAUCCAUCAGGGGUUGCGGCAGUUGGAGGUUAUGGAGGCCUUGUAGAUGUUAUCUCACAGUUUGGAAGCCACCUUUGCACAUUUCGCUGCAGAUACAUGGCUGGAAUGCCUUCAGAGGGGUCACAAUUUGAUGCUCGUCAGUUUGAUACCAAAAUGAAUGAGUUACUUUCAGCUGAUGGACAGGAUUUCUUUACGUCAUAUGAUGAGGUUUAUGAUAGUUUUGAUGCUAUGGGAUUGCAAGAGAAUCUUCUGAGGGGCAUAUAUGCUUAUGGUUUCGAAAAACCCUCAGCUAUUCAGCAAAGGGGAAUCGUUCCUUUCUGCAAGGGUCUUGAUGUUAUUCAACAGGCUCAGUCUGGAACUGGGAAGACAGCAACUUUCUGCUCUGGUAUCUUGCAACAACUUGAUUACAGUUUGAUGGAAUGCCAGGCAUUGGUUCUGGCACCCACUAGAGAGCUUGCUCAACAGAUUGAGAAGGUUAUGCGGGCACUUGGAGACUAUCUUGGUGUAAGAGUACAUGCUUGUGUUGGUGGAACAAGUGUUCGUGAAGACCAACGCAUUCUGUCCAGUGGGGUUCAUGUUGUUGUUGGCACUCCUGGUCGUGUGUUUGACAUGCUGCGAAGGCAGUCACUUCGUCCUGAUUGCAUCAGGAUGUUUGUAUUGGAUGAGGCAGAUGAAAUGCUUUCCCGGGGUUUCAAAGAUCAGAUCUAUGAUAUUUUCCAGCUUCUGCCAUCAAAGAUUCAGGUUGGGGUAUUCUCUGCCACAAUGCCACCUGAGGCCCUUGAGAUUACAAGGAAGUUCAUGAAUAAACCUGUUAGAAUUCUGGUGAAGCGUGAUGAGCUCACCCUGGAGGGUAUAAAGCAGUUUUAUGUCAAUGUUGAUAAGGAGGAAUGGAAACUUGAGACACUCUGCGAUCUUUAUGAAACCUUGGCCAUUACCCAGAGUGUUAUCUUUGUGAACACCAGGCGCAAGGUUGACUGGCUCACUGACAAGAUGCGUGGCCGUGACCACACAGUCUCAGCCACCCAUGGAGAUAUGGACCAGAACACAAGAGACAUUAUCAUGCGUGAAUUUCGUUCCGGAUCCUCUCGCGUCCUUAUCACUACUGAUCUUUUGGCCCGUGGUAUUGAUGUCCAGCAAGUGUCGCUUGUUAUAAAUUAUGAUCUCCCUACACAGCCAGAGAACUAUCUCCAUCGAAUUGGACGUAGUGGACGGUUUGGGAGGAAGGGUGUCGCCAUCAACUUCGUAACGAAGGAUGACGAGAGGAUGCUGUUUGACAUCCAGAAGUUUUAUAAUGUUGUAGUUGAGGAGCUGCCAUCGAAUGUUGCUGACCUCCUCUGAUGAGAUUUUUUGCCUAUUUAGUACAGAAUGUUUGAUUCUGUUUGGUAAGUGUCGCUUUUCGUUUUCCAAGUCUUGUCUUAUAGGUCUGAUGUCUUUAUUUUAAGAAGCUUGAAUUUUCGACUGUCUUAAGUGGUACUUGCAAUGUAGAAUCCAUAAUUUUGCCUGAUCUGUUGUGAUUGUCGUAUGUAUUUCUAAUAUAAGGCAGUUCAAUUUUGUCUUUUAAGGUUA